AGGACGGCAAUGAAAAGACUUUGGCUGUUCGUUUUCAGUGCCAUUCUGGUGACUGCUCAUGCCCUCACUGUGGAAGCACCUGCCAAGGAAAUACGGGUGGCACGAGGGAACAACGUCACUCUCCGCUGUAAUUUUAAAACAGAGGCUCCUGUUGCCUCAGGAGACGUUGUUGUCUGGAGGAAAAUCAAUAGUGUGGAUGAUGCUGUCACUAGGUAUUUUGAUGGACUUGUACAGUAUGGCAAGGGCUAUGAAAACCGUAUACAGUUUAGUGGUGAUGUAAACAAAGGGGACGUCAGUAUCACCAUCAAUGCAGUAACCAUGGAAGACAAUGGGACAUAUGCAUGCAACGUUCGUCUAAGGAAUGACCCCCCCAGGCAGACUGCAAUCUUGGCUCUUUUCGUCCUUGUUGCACCAUCCAAGCCAGAAUGCAAGAUUUGGGGGACAGCAGAAUAUGGACACACAAUCAAUCUGACCUGCGUUUCUCAUGAGGGCUCCCCAAAGCCCAGAUAUACCUGGCAAAGCUUCAAUGUACAAAAUGAGCCCCGUGUACUACAAACAACAGAAGGGGAACAAAUAACUCUGAAGAACAUCUCGGCGGAUACUUCUGGCUUUUACAUCUGCACUUCAACAAACAUUGUGGGAAAGAACUUUUGCAACAUGACAGUCAGCGUUGUGCCACCAUCCAUGAACAUAGCUCUUUACGCUGGCAUCAUUGGUGGAGCUGUUGCUGCAAUUAUAGUUAUUGGUGUUUUAGCCUAUUGCUGCUGCUGUCGGGCGGACAAGGACAAGGACUAUGAGAUGACGGAGAGAGAAGAUAGAAAUGAACCCUCCAAGGAGAUGCCUACAAGGAAUCAGAGCGCAGAGGAUGAUGUUGAAGAUGAAUGA